AUGGCUGAGGGAAAGGGGCUGCAUGAUAAGGGUCUUACUCAACAAACUCAAGAUUUGGACUCUGACAAUUUCUUCCAGACCCAACAUCAGCCCCCAUUUGAGGGUUUAUUUGAGGACCAGAACAGGGAAUUGCCGCAAAGGCGAAAUGGUGAUGAAGAUUUGACUACCGAGUUGAGGUCAACCGGUCAGUUGCCUGAAGAGAAUGAACAGAAUGUUGGUGCUUCACUGAACAGGGCUGGUGGGAGACCUAAAGGGAAAGCCCAAUUUGAGUCUAGUGGUGUGGACAGAACCAUUCACCAGGACACUGUAGGUGGUGAUUCAGAGUACAUAGAGUCUGAAGACCACGACCAGGAGGGUCCAACUUUCUUUGUUGGGAUGUUUUUCAAUGACAGGGAGCAGUUUAAGAAGGCCUGCCGUGAGUGGGGGAUACACCACAGGUACCAACUGCACUUCCCUGUAAAUGAGAUAACAAGAGUGAGGGCAAAGUGCUACUCAAAGACUAAAUGUACGUUCUAUGUGUUUGCCUCAAAGCUGCACCUCAAAGAUCCUGAUGAAAACACAUUCCGAGUGAAGACCCUUGAUCUGUGCCAUUCAUGUCCUAAAAUUCAGACGGAGCUAAAACAAUCAAUAAGCAUUCAGCAAGCCAGAAGAGCAAGAAGGGCAUCAUUGGACAAAUUGGAGGAUGAUGAGGACCGGCAAUAUGUGAAGCUGUAUGAUUACAAGAGGGAGGUUUUGAGAACCAACCCAGGCAGCACAGUGGAGUUUAAAGAAGCAAGGGAGAAGUUCCAGGGAAUGUAUGUAUGCUUUCAUGGGUUGAAGCAUGCCCUCAUGAAUGGGAUGAGACAGAUUGUCUGUCUGGAUGGGUGCUGGUUGAAGGGUAAAUACGGGGGUCAAAUUCUUUCUGCAACAGGGAUUGAUCCAAACAACUGUAUGUACCCCAUAGCAUAUACCUGGGUUAAAACGGAGAACACAAACACCUGGAUGUGGUUUAUUGAGCUACUUCAAGCUGAUCUGCACCUUACGAAUGCCACUGUUUUCAUGUCCGAUAAACAAAAGCUUUUUUACAUUAAGAUUCCAUGGGUGAUUAUAUUUCGUGCGUUUGUGCAUGGUUUGGUGAAUGCUGUGAAGGAGCUGUUCCCAUAUUCAAAGCAACGAUUUUGCUGGAGGCAUUUGUGGGCCACUUUCAGGAGCAUGUUUCACACGCAACACAUUAAGCCCUUUAUGUGGAACAUUGGAACAGCAACUUAUAAAGCAGCCAUGGAUAGAGCAAUGAAAGCUCUGGAAGACAAACAUGAUGUUGGCUUCAAAUGGAUCAAUGAGAGGAACAGGAAACACUGGUGUAGAGCGUUGUUCAAGGAGGAAGUGAAAUGUGAUAUCCUCCUAAACAACCUGACUGAAGCAUUCAACAAGUACAUACUUGCUGGAAGAGAGAAGUCAGUGCUGACAAUCUUCGAAAUGAUAAGGACUCAGCUUAUGAAGAGGAUAAAUGACAAGCAAAAGUUUGGGAGAAAUAUGGAGGGUGAGCUGUGUCCAAAGAUCAGAAAGAAGUUGGCCAAAAUCAUUGAUUAUGGUUGGAAGUUCACCGCAGAUCUUGGUGGUAGCCCUCAGUGGGAGGUAGAGGGCCCAGGGGGCCAGUUCGUGGUUGAUUUGGCUAACAGAACAUGCAUAUGUCGAAGGUGGCAGCUUAGUGGAAUCCCAUGUUCGCAUGCUACACCAUGCAUAUAUGGAAAUAAUCAACGGCCUGAAGAGUUUGUGGUUUAA